GAGAGUUCUGCCAUGAUCACACUUCCGCUUUUGGGAAAGCGCUGGAAGGAGUACGUCUUAAACAAAAUAAAAGUUGGAUUAUGAUUUGUGGCCUUCAAUAAAAAUGGCAGCCAUUCCGAAGAUGAGGGUCCUUGUCAAUCUCAGCCAAUCACUGCUGUUGCAGCAAAGCUUGAGGCUAGUUCCUCUGCAGCUGACGUCGACCAGCCUCUUGGGGAGGUUUUGCAGCACUGCUAACGAACCAAAGCAGUCCUCAAACCCAGUGAAUACCUCUCUGCUUGAUAACUUAAAUCUACUGGGAGUGGAUUUAAAGAGGGCCCGCCAGCGUCAGCCCGGAGUGUUUCGUAAAGCCUUCACCAACGAGAAAGGUGUUGCCCAGUUCCUGCAGGAGAAAGGGGCGAGCUCUAAAGUGAUCGCCAGCAUUGUGUCCCGUUAUCCUCGCGUUAUCACUCGUUCGAUCACCCACUUGGAGCAACGCUGGCAGCUGUGGCGAAACAUCUUCAACACUGAUGAAGAAAUUGUGAGCAUCCUGAACCGCUCGCCCGAGUCUUUCUUUCGCACUAGUGACAACGAGAACUUGGAGAAGAAUAUAGCUUAUUUGAUUUCUCUGGGAUUAAGCUCCAAGGACCUUCAUCGGCUGCUGACCACGGCACCACGGACGUUCUCCAACAGUGUUGAGCUUAACAAGCAAAUGGUGGAGUUAUUAGAAGAGAUCUGUUUAGAACUCGGUGGAAACAAUCCAGUGCAGUUUGCUAAAAACAUAUUAUCUAAAAACGUGUAUAUGCUAAUCAGGAGUACCAAAAGAGUCAGAACCAACAUAGACUACCUGAAAGCCUCUCUGAGGCUGAAUGAUUCUGACCUGCUGACUUUCCUUCAAGGUCAUGGAGCAGGCAUUCUGGACCUCUCCAAUGAGUAUAUGAAGAAUAAUUUCAACAAUAUUGAAGAAAAUCUGUCUUCACUUGGCUGUAAGAAAGAUGACAUAAUACAACUGAUAAUCAACCACCCAGUGAUACUUUACAUCGGAUCACAAACAUUGAACUCCAAAAUCGAAUGCCUCCUUAAAGGAGGCAUAACAAUAAAACAGAUUCUGGAGAAGCCUAGAGUCUUAGAUUACAGCGAGCAUAACUAUACAGAGCGGCUGAACAAGCUUAGGGAAGUGGGAUAUGACUUCAAGAAAUAUGGUAUCAGCAUCUUGGCCUCUAGUCGAAAGCGAUUCUACGCAAAGAUGGAAAAACUUUCAGCAGGAGACUGAAAGAAGCCACUUUUACUGUGACUAUGACAGUUUUUCUUGAUCUUGAGUUUAGAAUAUUUACAUUUCGAGGUCUAGGUGCCUUAUUUGUUUAAUAGCAAAAUGGUUUUACGAAUGUCAUGUAAACAAUGCUGCAACCUGACUUGUAGAGCUGAAGUUGUUAUAUCUUACAGCUUCUGGUUAAGGUAUUGGUGACAGUUUAGACAUGAAAAUAAAGAACUGGCCAAAGAUUUGUUGAUUGACUGAAUAACUGACUUGUUUUUCCUGAUUAUUAAGACAGUUAACCAAGCAUGUCUACAAAGAAAAUUUAUAUGUACAUAUGUAACACAAGUUUUCAGAACUGUCCCAUGUAAAUCUUUUUUUUGUAAAUCUGAAAAAUGUAAUCCUGAAAUAAAACACAUUCAUUUUUUUUAAA